GAGACGCGACGCCGACUACAAUGAUUAGUGAGUACUGAGUACUAAGUUUUUAAUUUUUUGUUAGUGAUUUUACUAGAAUUGUAAUACGUAUUGCUCGUUUUUCAUGAUCAAAUAAUUACUUUAUCGUAGUAUCGCCUAACGCUUAACAUAAAGUACUAAAUCUCAAUCUCACUACACAGAAUUCGUUCGUUGUUCAAACAAUAAGAUUUCAGUCGACCACCUGCUACCCAGACUCCAGAGUCCAGAGUAGAAAGGCUCUGAAAUAGCUGCAUAGCUGUUAAGUGAUUAAGUCGUCGUCACACGGCAAACGGUCUGUCAAGGAUCGUUCAUUUCACUGUUUAAGUUCACUAAUAUAUCUAUCUACCAUUGACUAUCAUGUCCGAUAAUCUGUCCAGAAACUCAGAUGACAAUGAUCCAAGUAUUUGGAGCAUCACCACACGUAAUAGCAGCUCGCCUGAAAUAAUCAGUUGUUCAAUCAAAGAUCUAGACUCCAAAAAUGUCAAAAUCCUAGAAACUACAAGUUCAAAUCAGCAAAACAAUUUAGAAUCUGAUUCCAAUGAUUCCCAUUUAUCCGGUGUUACAGUCAUCAAUUGUACAGAAGAAAAUCUUGAUAAUAUCGAUGCUACUAUAUCGAGUGCUGAAAAAUCUUUAAAAACUGUUGAUGAGUAUCCUGAUAAUCUAAAAUCGCCAUUGCUUCAAAAUGAUUAUUUAUUAAAUAAUGCUAAACCCAUGUCUAAAGUUGUUGGUAAUGGUGAUAGUAAUGAGGAUGAAAAAUCAAGAGCUGAAAAGAAUUCAAUUCAAAAUGAAACUGAAACAGUAUCAAGUCAUUUAAUAAAUAAUAAUGAUUCAAGUAGUAGAAUGGAAAUUGAUGAUGAUAUAAAUAUAGUCUCUACCGUUAACAGUAACAAUGAAUCUGAUGUUAGUUUGAAUGUUACUUCAAAAACUAAUGUGAUAACAUCAACUCCCACAACUGGCAAGAGAAAAAUGAAAAGUUUACUAUCUUCUAAUUCUCACCGUGAUCGUAAAUCUCUUCGAACAUCUGAACCAGUAUUUCAAAAUACUGCAUUUAUAAUAGUUCCAUCUAUAAUAGAAAAAGUUGAUCAAACAUAUAGUUACAUAGUUUCUGAUAGUAGAAUACAAAAUUUUAUAAAAGAAGGAAAAAUGAUGCUAGAUGAUAAUAUUUUAGAUGCCUAUGACCCGACAGAAAUAGAUGAAAUUAUCAAAGAUGAAAUUAUUUUAGGUACACGCUACUAUUUAGUGAAGUGGAAAAAAUGGUCUAGAGGAUUUAAUACAUGGGAACGUUAUGGUGCUUUAUAUAAGUCACAAAAACUCUUACUUAAAUAUAUUCAAAGUAAAAAAAAUUAUAAACGUGUAAAUAGUUUUCAACAUUCCAUUGAUGGAACGCUACUUAUGAUGUCUAGAAAAAUUAUCUCCCAUUUAUUUGAAACAUUCAGAACUGAGUCUGGUUUAUCUCUACCAUCGUAUUUACCUGAAGAUAUGAGUGGUUUAUUUAAUUGUCUCGAUGUUGGUUCUAUAAACGCUCAAAAAUAUAAAAAUGUAUGCUUUCAAUGGUUCUUGUCUGUUAUUACUGUCGGUUAUUUAAGACAACAACAGUUAGUCAAACUUAAACAGUGGGAAAUCGACAUUAAUGUAGUAACUCAAGGGUAUAAAAUCAAAGUAGAAAAUAACAUGGAUCUUGAAGGACCCCCAGAUUCAUUUGUAUAUAUUAAUCAGUAUGUUCCUCAAGCCACCAUUACUAUACCAGAUGAUCCUCCUAUUGGUUGUAUUUGCAAAAAAAAUUGUCAAUAUCCUGAAGAAUGCUGUUAUGAAAUGUCGGGUUGUUUAAAAGCUUACGAUAAACAUAAGAAUAUUAUAGUAACUCCGGGUAAUCCAGUAUUUGAGUGUAAUAAAAAAUGUAAAUGCUCGUCUUCUUGCUCCAAUAGGGUUGUUCAACUUGGUAGCAAAGUAAAUGUUUGUAUUUAUAAGACUAGAAAAUAUGGCUGGGGCGUUAAAUCUACCCAAAAUAUUCAGAAAGGUCAAUUUGUAGGUAAAUAUAUUGGUGAAAUUAUCACAGUUGAAGAAUCUGAACAACGCUUAAGAAAUGGUUCGUCUUUGUCGGAAUAUAUGUGGAGUUUGGACUUUGAUGAUUCACAAAAUUAUAAAUAUACCAUUGACGGUACACAUUAUGCCAACUUUACUUAUUUUAUAAAUCACUCAUGUAAUGCAAACCUAAACGUUUAUGCUGUAUGGAUUAAUUGCCUUGAUAGAAAUCUUCCACAAUUAGCGUUAUUUGCUAGUAGAGACAUUUCAGCUGGUGAACAACUCACCACUAAUUAUUUUUUUAGAAGUAAUAAAAAUUCUUUGAAAAAAAGUGGUACUAGAUGUCAAUGUGAUAUGAAAAACUGCCAAGGUUAUUAUUUUUAAGAAUAAAAAAAUUGACAUUUUUUUUAUUUAACUCAUCCUUUAUAUUUAUAAGUUAAAUACUAUUUGAUGUAUUUUAUUAUUUAAGUUAAGA